AGAACAGUUAGGGAAACAAUGGAAGCUAGUACUAGAAAGAAUGGCUCAAAUAAAUUGCAUCCCCAGCCAAAGCCUCUGUUGGGCAACUUGAAGACUGAACAAGAAUCUGUGUUGGGCAACUUGACUGAACAAGAAUUUGUAUUGGGUAAGAAUGACAUGCAAAUUCAAGCGGGCCCAAGUCCAAAGUCCCUUGCUGAUAAUGUUCAAAAUGAACAAGUGUCCAUGUCGCUUGAGACUCAGAUUGAUGAAGAGAACCGUGCUCGAUUGCAAGGGAUGUCAGCGGAUGAGAUUGCUGAAGCACAGGCUGAGAUCAUGGGAAGGCUGGACCCUGCGCUGCUCAAUGUGCUCAAAAGGAGGGGUGAAGAGAAAUUGAGGAAGCAAAGAAGCCCCAGUUCGGAUAACAAUGAACCAAAAGUUUCCCCUAGCUCUCAAAGUGGCAUGUCUCAUGUGGACACAACAAUUACCUCAAACAAUUCAAAAACUGCGGAAGAGAAUGGGUUGGAGCAGAACUCAGGCCAAGCCAGUGGAAGUUUGUGGACUGCUUGGAGGGAGAGAGUCGAAGCUGCUAGGGAAUUAAGAUUUUCCUUGGACGGGAUUGUUAUUUUAAAUGGUUUCCACCAGAUACCUAAGAGUAGUAAUGUUUCUGAGCGUGACUUCCUGCGUACUGAGGGGGAUCCUGGUGCUGCUGGCUAUACAAUCAAAGAAGCAGUGUCACUCACUAGGAGUGUGAUUCCAGGACAACGGUCCCUGUCAUUGCAUCUCCUUUCAACUGUGCUUGAUAAGGCAUUACAGAAUAUUCAUCAAAUGCAAGUGCAGUUUGAUAGAACAGAUGCUAAUAAAGUUGACAAAUCUAUUGACUGGGAGGCUGUUUGGGCUUAUGCACUUGGCCCUGAACCUGAGCUUAUUUUAUCUCUCAGGCUUUGUCUCGAUGAUAACCAUAGUUCUGUAGUUCUAGCUUGUGCCAAAGUUCUUCACUGCAUAUUGAGCUAUGAUGUGAAUGAGAACUUCUUUGAUAUCUCAGAGAAAAUAGCAACUCGUCAUAAGGAUACAUUUACUGCCCCUGUAUUUAGAAGUAAACCAGAGAUUGCUGUUGGUUUCCUUCGUGGUGGAUUCUGGAAGUACAAUGCUAAGCCUUCAAAUAUUCUUGCUCUUGAUGAGGAAAUUAUUGAUGAUGAGACUGAAGGGAAACGUACAAUUCAGGAUGAUGUUGUGGUUGCCGGACAAGAUUUUGCUGCAGGUUUGGUGCGGAUGGGAAUCCUUCCAAGGCUUCGUUAUCUUUUGGAGUCAGACCCUACAGCGACUUUGGAAGAAUACAUCAUUUCUUUACUUAUAGCUAUUGCUAGGCAUUCCCCAAAAUGUGCAAAUGCAGUCAUGAAUUGUCAAAGGCUAAUCCAAACAGUUGUCAGCAGAUUUAUUGCAAAUGAGAGUGUAGAAAUCCAGCCUUCUAAAAUAAAGUCUGUUAGACUUCUAAAGGUGUUGGCUCAAUCUGAUGGGAGGAAUUGUGUUGAUUUUAUAAAGAAUGGGAGUUUCCAAACUAUGACAUGGCAUUUGUAUCAAUCUAUUUCCUUCCUUGACAAAUGGGUAAAAUCUGGAAAGGAAAACUGUCAACUUUCUUCGGCUUUGAUGGUUGAACAGCUGCGUUUUUGGAAGGUUUGCAUUCAGCAUGGGCAUUGUGUGUCAUACUUCUCAGAUAUUUUCCCCAACUUGUGCAUAUGGCUGAACCCACCUAUAAUUGAAAGGCUUGUAGAGAAUGAUGUACUUAGUGAAUUUGCAUCCAUCACUACGGAGGGCUACCUUGUGCUGGAGGCUUUGGCUAGAAGGCUUCCAAGUUUGUUCUCAAAGAAGAAUCUGAGCAAUCAAAUCUCUGAGUAUUCUGGUGAUGACACUGAGUUCUGGUCUUGGAGCCAUGUUGGUCCAAUGGUUGAUAUAGCUUUGAAGUGGAUAGUUAUGAAGAGUGAUCCUAGCAUAUGUAAUUUAUUUAAGAGCGAAAAUGGAGUUGAUGUUCUUUUUGUGUCCCAAGAUUUAUCAGUGACUUCCUUGUUAUGGGUGUAUUCAGCUGUCAUGCACAUGCUUUCCAGAGUGCUUGAAAAAGUGAUCCCAGAUGAUACUGUCCACUCGCAUGAAAGUGGUAGUCUUGUGCCAUGGCUUCCAGAGUUUGUUCCUAAAGUUGGACUUGAAAUUAUUAAAAAUGGGUUUAUGGACCUUUCAGAUACUAAUGAUGCAAAAUAUGGAAAAGAUCCUAAUGGAAGUGGCUCUUUCAUUGAGAAACUUUGUCAUUUGAGAAGUCAGGGUACAUGUGAAACAUCAUUAGCUUCUGUAUGUUGCUUACAGGGGUUAGUGGGGAUUAUCAUUAGCAUUGAUAAAUUGAUAAUGUUAGCCAGGACAGGCGUCCAAACUCCUUCCCAAAAUUACACUUCAACAAGAGAAGAGAAAAUCCUCAAGGAUGGUAUACUUGGGGGCUGUUUGGUUGAAUUGAGAAGUGUGCAAAAUACUUUUAUGAAGUUAGUUGCUUCAGACUGGCACCUUGUGCAGUCCAUUGAGAUGUUUGGCAGGGGUGGUCCUGCUCCUGGAGCGGGAGUUGGCUGGGGUGCCUCUGGUGGAGGAUUUUGGUCUGCUACUUUUUUGUUGUCUCAAGCUGAUUCAAGAUUUCUCAUUGACCUACUUGAAAUUUGGAAGAUUGUGUCCAAUUUUGAUAUCCCCACCGAAGAAGAAAUGACUUUAACUAUGCUGGCAAUUAAUUCAUCUCUAGGAGUAUGUGUAACUGCAGGACCUACAGAUGGGACUUUUGUGAAAAAGGCAAUAAAUAUUUUGCUUGAUGUCUCAGUUCUGAAGUAUCUUGAUCUCUGUAUUAGGCGUUUUCUUUUCUCGAAUAAGGGAUUUAAAGUGUUUGAUUGGGAGUACAAGGAAGAGGAUUACCUGCUCUUCAGUAAAAAAUUAGCU